CUUCUUCUUUCUUGGGCAUCCCUCUAUCAAUACUCAAAUCAUACCGAACAAAAAGCCCAUCAUGUCGGCCGAAGCAGACGUCAAGCUCAAUGACUUCAAGAACCUCUUCUCGCUGCAAGGCAAGGUAGCUGUCGUCACCGGCGGCUCUCGAGGCCUGGGAUUGCAUGCUGCGUCUGGUCUCGCUCAAGCCGGCUGCUCCAAAAUCUUCAUCACAUCCCGCAAAGCGAAAGCCUGCGAAGAAGCCUGCGCCGCUCUCAAUGCCCUCCCAAACACCCAAUGUAAAGCCAUUUCCGUCCCCGCUGAUAUCGCAAAGCCCGGAGAAGUCGAGAGACUCGUGAAAGAGGUAGAGAAACACACCGACAAAGUCGAUAUCCUAUUCGCCAAUGCCGGCGCAACAUGGGGCGAGGAAUUCGAUACACACCCUGAAAAUGCUUUCCAGAAGGUCAUGGACUUGAACGUCAAGAGUGUAUUCGUCUGUUCUCAGAAAUUCGCACCUUUGCUUCGUAAGGCAGGUUCGAUCCAGGAUCCUUCACGAAUUAUCAUCACUGCGUCGAUUGCCGGUAUUGGUGUUGGAACUUUGGGUAAACAGGGAACUUAUGGAUACAGUGCUUCAAAGGCAGCAGCGCUUCACUUGGGCAAGAAUUUGGCGCUUGAGUUGGGACCACAGGGUAUUCUGGUCAACAAUAUUGCACCCGGCUUCUUCCCUAGCAAGAUGGCUAGUGGUCUCAUGGAAAUGAGCGGUGGUGUGGAGAAGCUCGCGGCUGCUAGCCCAAAUAAGAGGUUGGGUCACCCUGAGGAUAUUGCCGCUGCGGUGGUGUAUCUUUGCAGUCGUGCAGGCGGGCACUUGAACGGAGCGACUAUUGUACUGGAUGGUGGUAGUGUGUUGCAGGCGAAGCUGUGAAAGUACGACAGAAUGUGUACAGUGACCGAUUAACGUC